UACUAGGCAGUCUCACAACACCUCAUCAGUUCCAGCACAUCGUAAGGUUGUUAAUGAUAAUGAUAUUCACAGCGUUGUAAUGUCUUGUCUUCUCCACAACUGCUUCAACGAAACCGCUGAGACUGUAUCAAGCAACCUCCAACCUCCAAUCGAUCUUUGUGAUAACAUGGACAUGAGAAAACAAAUAAUGGAUUUGCUACUGGAGAAGAACUCGUUGGAGGCAAUUGAACUAACCGAACAACUUUCUCUAGGCUUGCUUGGUGAAGAACACUUCCAUCUUCUUUGCCUUCGUUUUCUUGAGCUUGUCUGUGCUCCCAAGUGCAGCCCAGAAGCUCUUGAAUUUGCUCGGACAACGUUGGCUCCUUUUGGGAAUGUCCCAAAAUAUGUAGAAAAGAUUCAAGUAAAGUCUGAAUCUUUGUUUCUCUUCUCGAAAUGAUGGAAGCUGUUAAGCUGAAACCUCUUUGUUUCAUAUAUGGCUAGAGAUGGUUUCGGUUUUGCUGUGGCAUGAUAUGAAUAUUGUUAAAGACCAGUUCUGUUUGGUUUAGUUCAUUUCUGUUAUGUAGCGGAAGGUUGUAAUCCAUGUUCUUGGAGAACAUACUUUGCAGACUUAA